UUUCUCAAAGGGACGGCCAGAAACAGAUUUAAAAACGGAGACAGAAUCGGUCUGCGACGGAUUUCAGUAAUGGGCGACCAAGAGCAAAAACCCAAGGCGUCUCUCUUCCCUCUCUUUUCUGCUUCUGCUACCACCAACACCACCACUUCUACUUCCACCAGUGUUGUUCCUCAAUGGCUCUCUAACACUAGCUUCACCGCCAACCCUUCCGUCAUAAACAACGCUGUUUCCUCCGCCAUAUCAGAAGAAGGAGAUGAAGAACAGGAAGAACCACCGCGAGAGGAGCAGCCGCAGUCGCAGCAUCAUUCCUAUGAGUUGUUGGAGGACGAAGAUGAGGAGUCUGAUGGAGAGAAGUAUGAAAAGAGAAAGAGGAGAAAGAAGAAAAGAAAGAGAUCCAGAGAGAGCGAGAGAGGAAUCUCCGAGUUUGGCUCCCGGAAAUCUGUGCCUGCUAAGGAUUAUUACUUUGAUUCUCAUCCCGAUCCUGAUAAUUUGGCCUAUGGUUCUCUCUAUAGAAUGGAUGUUCCUCGCUAUAAAGUUCAUAAUCCGUUUAACAAUGGUGAUCUUGAUGCCUUGGACAACAAAGUAAAGUCCACUGAGAGAUACUGGUCAGCUAAGAAUGCAGCCCUUGAGCGAAAUAAAAAUUUCAAGCGGUUUCGACUUUUAGCACCCAAAAGUUGUGCAGAUAUACUAGAUGAUUUCAUCCCAUUAUCAGAUGGUGAAUCAUCUUCAUUGCAGCCAAUUAUUGAAGAAUCUUGGGAGGAUGAAGUGCUACGCAAAACCCGGGAGUUUAACAAACUGACUAGAGAGAAUCCCCAUGAUGACCAAGCAUGGCUGGCCUUUGCUGAAUUCCAAGACAAGGUUGCCAGUAUGCAGCCCCAGAAAGGUGCUCGCUUGCAGACUCUUGAAAAGAAGAUUAGCAUACUGGAGAAGGCAACUGAGCUUAAUCCUGAUAAUGAAGAAUUGUUGCUUAGUCUUAUGAAGGCUUAUCAGAAAAGAGAUAGUACAGAAGCAUUAAUUAGGCGAUGGGAAGAGAUACUCAUGCAGCAUUCAGGGAGUCAGAGGUUGUGGAGAGAAUUCUUGCGUGUUGUUCAAGGGGAGUUCUCCAGAUUUAAGGUUUCAGACAUAAGAAAAAUUACUAACUGCAACUUAGUGGCAGCUUCAUAUCUUGAUAUCAAAUUUGGAUAUGUUGUUCAACAAACUGAUAAACCUCUCGAUCCUGCCAUCAUUUGCUUGGAACUUGGUCUGGUUGAUAUAUUUCUUGGUCUCUGCAGAUUUGAGUGGCAAGCUGGGUACCAGGAGUUGGCCACUGCUUUGUUCCAGGCUGAAAUUGAAUUUAGUUUAUUCUGUCCUUCUCUAAUGUUAACGGAACAGAGUAAGCAGAGGCUCUUUGAGCACUUCUGGAACAGUAAUUGUCCAAGAGUAGGAGAGGAUGGGGCCCUUAGUUGGUUCACCUGGUUGGAAAAAGAGGAAGAAAAUAGGCAGAGAAUUCUUAAAGAGGAGAAUUCAGAUAAUGAUGAUCAAGGAGGUUGGACUGGUUGGUCAGAACCAUUGUCAAAACAGAAGGAAACCAGCAUAAAUUUAGAUGUUGAUAAAAAAGAUGUCACUGCUGACGAGCUCAAUGAUGAAAUUGAGAAUGAAGAUAUUAAGCAAGAAGAUGAUACCGAAGCUUUGCUAAAACAGCUAGGCAUAGAUAUUGAUGCUGAGGACAGUGGUGAGGCUAAGGACACUUUAACCUGGCUUAAAUGGUCCAAAGAAGAAUCAUCAAGAGAUUGUGAUCAAUGGAUGCCUGUUCAUGCAAACUCUGGUCUGGUCUCUCAGAAGGAUGAGGUACACAGUGAAGUGGAUGACCAAUUUUCUCGAGUUAUACUAUUUGAAGAUGUAAGCGAGUACUUGUUUUCUUUGAGCUCAGAAGAUGCUCGCUUAUCCCUUUUAUACCAAUUCAUUGAUUUUUAUGGUGGGAAAAUCUCUCCAUGGACAUGCACGAAUAGUUCAAGUUGGAUUGAGAAAAUUCUUAGCUUGGAGGUGUUGCCAGAUUAUAUUUCACAAAAUUUGACAAGCUCUUCUGACGAUUGUGCAAAAGAACAGUACAGUUCAAUCAGUUCCAAUUUAACAUUUCUUUUGGAUCGUGCCAAUGACAUCUCUAGGACUGAGAUGAUGAAAUUUCUUCGUAAUGCUAUCUUACUGGGUUUAACUGCUUUUCCCCGUAACUACGUAUUGGAAGAAGCUGCUCUUAUUGUUGAAGAGCUUUUUGUCACAAAAAUGAAUUCUUCUAGCUGUUUGGUGGCCCCAUGUCAGUCUUUAGCAAAACGACUCCUAAAAGGUGAUCGACAGGAUCUAUUGCUUUGUGGAGUUUAUGCACGGAGAGAGGCUGUUUAUGGAAAUAUGGAUCAUGCAAGAAAAGUUUUUGACAUGGCUUUAUUGUCAAAAUCAGGGCUCUCAUCGGAUCUGCAGUCAAAUUCUUCCCUUCUAUAUUUAUGGUAUGCUGAGUCUGAGCUUGUAAAAGAUUCUGGCAACAAUAUGGAAUCAACAUCUCGUGCAGUGCACAUUCUAUCAUGCUUUGGAAGUGGUGCAACAUACAGUCCAUAUAAAUGUCAUCCAUCAAGCAUGCAGUUGCUGAGAGCACACCAAGGGUUUAAAGAGAAGAUGAAAACUGUUAGAUCACAGUGGGUGCGUGGUAUUGUUGAUGAUCAGUCAAUUGCUCUUGUUUGUUCAGCAGCUUUAUUUGAAGAGUUGACAACAGGAUGGGCCACGGGCAUUGAAAUCUUAGAUCAGGCCUUUUCCAUGGUUCUUCCAGAAAGAAGAAGCCAAAGUCAUCAACUUGAAUUUCUGUUCAACUGUUUUGUUAAGAUGCUUCAGAGACAUCAAAAGCAAUCUACUCUGUCCAAAGUGUGGGAGUCUGUCUUACACGGGCUUCAGAUAUAUCCUUGUAGUCCAGAACUUUUUAAUGCUGUACUGGAGUUUGGUCAUCUUUACACAACACCUAACAAAUUGCGGUGGCUAUUCGAUGACUAUUGUCACAAGAAACCAUCGGUCAUUGUGUGGAUUUUUGCAUUACUGUUUGAGAUGAUUAGAGGAGGCUCUCAGCACAGGAUUCAUGAACUGUUUGAGAGGGCACUCGCAAAUGAUAUGAUGCCUAAGUCAGUUGUCCUCUGGCGUUGGUACAUAGCAUAUGAAAUUGAUAUAGCACACAAUCCAACUGCUGCUAGGCGAGUUUUUUUCCGAGCCAUUCAUGCCUGCCCAGGGUCAAAAAAGCUAUGGCUUGAUGGUUUUCAUAAAUUGAACUCCGUCAUGACUGCAAAGGAGCUUUCAGAUCUACAAGAAGUAAUGCGGGAUAAGGAAUUGAAUCUGAGGACAGAUAUAUAUGAGAUUCUUCUUCAAGAUGAGCUUGUAUCGUCAUCAUGAGUUGCCACAUUCAUCUGUGCAUUGUAAGGACCAUAUGUGAUAACCCAAACUGUAACUGUAGCAAAAUGUUCAAAAGAGUUGUUACAUUGCAUUUUUUUUUCUGGCCCUGUGAUAGGAUUAGAGGACAACUGUAGUUGUAGCAAAAUGUUCAAAAGAAUUGUCAUAUUGCAUUGGUUUUUUUUUUUUUCCCUGUAAUUGGUUUACAGAUUCUUUGAGUGAAUGAACCUGUGAACUGGAUUGAUAUACUAAUCGGUUUUGGUAGCACUCUUGGAUUUGGUUACCGGUUUUAGAAACUUAAAAAAAAAUAGUGUUUAUU